GUCCUGCUCCGCUGCACUCCUCAUCCCAGCCAGCAUGGACUGCUGCUUCAAACCCACCUUGCUGUUUCAGUCUUAGUUUGUUUUGAAACGUCACCGUGUGUCCCCCGCGUGUUCUCAAGCUCCCCGACGUCAUGUUCACCACCACCGGUUCCCACGGCCUGUACAAGGCUCCUCUGUCCAAAGGCCUCCUGCUGGUGCUGAGCGGCUUGACGGUGAUGCUCAGCCUGCUGCCGCAGUACCAGCACAUGUUCGAGUACAACCUGCAUGCGGUCAGCCACCAACUGCAGGUGUGGCGGUUGCUGUGCGGCAGGCUGGUGUGUCUGGACGUGAAAGACUCCUUCUGCAGCGGCAUGCUCAUCUACAACUUCCGAAUCUUUGAGAGGAGGUUCGGCUCGAGGAAGUUUGCCUCCUUCCUGUUGGCUACCUGGUGCGUCUCGGCACUGCUGGACUUGCUGUUGGCUCAGUCCGUCUCGUUCCUGUUUGACAACAAAGUGGAGGAGUUGCCCGCGGGGCUGCUGGCCCCCGUCUUCGCCCUCUUUGUGCCUUUCUAUUGGUCCAUUCCCAGGGUGCCCGUCACCAAGGUGCUGGGCCUCAUCAGUAUCACCAACAAAACCUUGGUCUACAUCGUCGGACUGCAGUUGUUGACGUCCGGUCCCUACAUGUGGCUCCUGGCGCUCAGCGGGCUGGUCUCGGGCGCUUUGUAUCACUCCAACGUCCUCUGGCUGCAGAACUUUCUCUUUGUGCCCGCCCGACUGUGUGCCGUCGCACGCUACUUCCUGGAGCCCCUCUUCUCCAGUUCUCAACCGAUCGGCGAGGCGCCUCUGGGGAUGGGCGCCACGCUGGACAUCCAGAGGCAACAGCGGAUGGACCGACUGGAUCAACAGCUGCUGCUGGCCCAGUUGGACGAGGCCCGCGCCAACUCCAGACAUCGAGCACAAUGGAGCAGUUUGUUCCCCUCGCUGAGACGCAGGAGACCGGCGCCACCGCCGCCGCAGCCUCCGACGCAGCCCUCGGCUCCCCCGCCGCCAUCCGACAACAACUCCAUCGCCGAGGAGCAGGUGGCCAGGUUAGUGGAAAUGGGCUUCUCCCGGCCGGACGCCCUCGAGGCCCUCCGAGUGUCCAACAAUGACAUCAACAUGGCCACCAACUUCCUCCUGCAGCACUGAGAGCCGGCGAGAGCGGGAUGAGAACCAAACCGAAGAGGCGC